UAAAUUAAAUUUAAUGCAAUUAAAAGUUUUGUGAAGUGAGUGUGAGGGGGAUGACGUGUUAUUGUCGUUGGACACCAGUCAUUAAUUCUGACCAAUCGUGUGACUUCCAGGUUUUAAACGUCAGUUAUCUGAUACCACCUGGUAUACCAUCUUCAUUCGUUACAUUUAUUUGUGAAUACAAACAGCAUCGAAGAUAUUCUUCUUGCAGGACAUUACAUUAUAUUUGUAUUCUCUAUACGAUAUUUAUUAAACUUUUUAUUACACAUUUAAAUUUCAAGUCCGACCUACGGAUAAAAGGAGAUAUCGAUAUACGUUAAAAUAAAGGAGUGGAAUAAGAUCCAGAAUAACAUCGAAGCAGAUUGUUGUCCUUUAUCGAGGAAUAUUAUUUGCGGUGAGUACAUUAUCAUUACUCCUGCAUAUCCAUAUUAUUUACAUUUUCUUACGCGAGCUGCAGAUAAUGGAAAUGAAAAAAGUACUGAUUUUUGGACAUUCGCUGGUCCAUUGGCAAGGAAAAAAAUACCCUUCAAAUUUGAAAUUGAAUACACGUGAAUUCAGUGUACAAUUUCGUGGAGUGCGUGGGGGUAGUCUUUUCUGGAAGCCGUCUGACAAUAAACGUUUUCAGAAGAAAUCAAUGGCUAGCUACCUGUGUGACGCUAUUAAGGAUAUAAACCCUCAUAUUGUUUAUUUGCAAGUGGGAGGUAAUGACCUCGAUAGAUCGUCUGUCUCUGUUACAGAUGUUGUCAACGCAACUUUAAGUUUAGCUGAAUUCCUUUUAGUCGCUUAUCAAGUUGAAAAAGUUUGCAUCGGACAUGCUUUCCAGCGACAAAAAUCAAAGCUUCCCUCAUACAAUAUCAGGGUUCGGGAACACAAUGCUCUUGUUACAUUAAAAGUGAACUCAAUCUUAGAUAUCAGCGCCUUCCCCAAUAGAGGUUUCGCAUCAGUUUCCAAAGCUAGAUAUCGCAAGGACGGGGUCCAUUUAUCGAAUACUGGUAUUUCGUUAUGGGGAAGGAAUCUUAGGCGAACAAUUAUAUUUGUAAGGGAUACAACUUUGUAAACACCACGAAACGUAAGUUUCUU